AUGACUCAUUGCAGCAAAGUGAAAUAUAUUUUCAAAGCGGAUGAUGAUGCAUUUUAUAAUAUUCCAAGGAUACUUGAUAUUGCCGAAUUGUGGAGUGAUCAAAAGAGAACGAUCAUCGGAGAAGUAUGCAGAUUUGGUCCUUCGAGGAAUAAGGAAGAAAGGCACUACGUUUCACCUGAAGUUUACAAUUUAUCAUUUUACCCUGCCUAUCCGUUAGGACACUCUGGUUAUUUCGUAACCACUGACAUCGUGAAGGAAUUGCUUGAACGAGGCCUUAGAACCGCAUAUCUGAAUAUAGACGAUACCUUUUACGCCGGAUUCAUUGCCUCUGCUAUUGGCGCCACGAAAGCAUUUCACGAGCGCAGUUUCAAGUGGCACAAUCACACUUACUGGGCCGGACCUGAAGACAAAAACAAGUGUGGUAUUCAGGACAAUCUUGGUGUUUGGGCACCCGAAACAAAUCGAAAGGUAUUCUUGUGGAAUAUGACUCAAACAGGCCGACUGCCAUGCACUGGUGGCUAG